AUGGAUCUGAACUUAGAGGAAGGUUUCUGGAAUGCUACAGCCACUUUGCUGGUUUACGGAGUAGUAUCAGUGGUAGUAGGAGGUGGUUUUCUAAUGGUCGACCUCUACCACAAACCACACUGGAUAUUCAGAUAUAAGAUACAGAAAGACAACACAAAGGUUGAUCCAGCGAAGCUAAAAAAGCUCUGGCACAACAUAUUACUCAAUAGUACAGUCAUUUUGUUACCCAGCUCAGUGCUGUUUUAUUUGGCAUUAAAAUGGCGAGGAUGUGACCUCUCUUUCUCUUUGCCUGGCUGGAAAGAAUUCAUGUUCCAUAUCAUGAGUUGUAUCCUCAUCGAGGAGAUCGUGUUUUAUUACAGCCAUAGAAUGCUGCAUACCCCUUUCUUCUACAAGUAUAUCCAUAAAAAGCAUCACGAGUGGACAGCACCUAUAAGUUUCACCGCAGUGUACGCCCAUCCUUUUGAGAUGCUUGUUUCUAACCUGAUGUCGCUGGUACUUGGUCCCCUGAUCUGUGGGUCUAACUUUAUCACCACCCUUCUCUGGUUGGCUCUAUCUUACGCAGUCACCCUCAUACAUCACAGCGGAUACCACGUGCCUUUUCUUCCGUCUCCAGAGUUUCAUGACUUCCAUCAUCUUAAGUUUAUCGGGAAUUAUGGUGUCAUAGGAGUACUGGACAGAUUGCACGAUACAGACAAGUUAUUCCGGAAGUCUAGAAAAGAGUAG